GGCUGUUGCUGCAGUGGCAGCUGUCAUAGACAUUCUCCUUAGAUGAGCACCUGCACAGCUAACAUACUCUUCUCUCUGUUUCUCCGUUAUCGUCACCCGUUGACUCGGCGCCAAGAUGAUUUCUCUAACGGACUCUCAAAAGAUCGGCAUGGGAUUAACGGGCUUCGGCGUGUUUUUCCUCUUCUUCGGGAUGAUCCUGUUCUUUGACAAAGCGCUCCUUGCUAUCGGGAACAUCCUGUUCGUUGCCGGUCUGGCCUUCGUCAUCGGGCUGGAGAGGACCUUCCGCUUCUUCUUCCAGAAGCACAAGAUGAAGGCCACCGGAUUCUUCCUAGGGGGCGUGUUCGUGGUGCUGAUCGGCUGGCCAAUCAUUGGAGUCGUGCUGGAGAUCUACGGCUUCUUCCUCUUGUUCAGGGGUUUCUUCCCUGUUGUAAUAGGCUUCAUCAGGAGAAUACCUGUGCUCGGCUCCAUCCUAAACCUUCCCUUCAUAAGUGGACCUUCGUAAGGCUCUGAGGACAAUCAGCAGUCGUGUAUGUGGACAAAGUGGGCGAGAGCAACACCAUGGUAUAACACUGACUUUUUGUACCCAGAGAAGGCUGUUUGAAUACAGCAGUUUUAUAAAGCGACUCAGUCUCACAUCAGGCUGACUUUAAGUAGCUAAGGUUACAUAUUCAGACCCCCCACCCCACCCCCCCCUUCCAACAGGCAAAGACUGCUCUGUUUGUCUGUAAUUUCACUGGUCUGCACCCGAAAUCAAAGUCUCAUCAGAGCGUCGUACCACCAGUCUGUUACAAAAGGAUGGAGUUACUAUAAGGUCACAACAAUAAAUAUUUCAAAUUCUAUUGAUCCCUUCACCAUUAUGUGCAUCUUACAUGAAAAUGGAGGAUGGAAGACUCCCCCUCCUGCAAAAGCAUCAUAGACUCUAUUAUCUACGUGGCUUUCUUACUCUGUGGAGCAAACCGAAAAUAACGACCCUCCGUAAGGAUGAGAAGUGGACCGACAGCUUGCCAUAUGUCUUCAUAUUUUUGUGCCUGUGCUUUAACUUUAUUUGGACAAAGGCUGUUAAGUCCAGCAUUUUGUCUCUCUGUAGUUACUCUGUGACUCCUAGUUUCUUCUGUCUUGCAGCUAUUUGAAUACCAAUUGUGGCUAUUGUAAAAUGUUCCCUUUUGUUACUUGUCAUUUCUGUUUACGGUUGGCUAAUUAGUACUUCGGUAUAAAUUAUUUUUUAAAUUAUCAGUGCUUGACUUCAUGUAUCUGGAGGUAUUUUGGAUCAUGCUGGUGUUUAUUACGAUGUUGUGCCCAAAUAACUACGAACUGUGUGUUCUUCGUAUUAAGACCUUGUUACAAAAGACAGUGAAAUGGUAAAAUUCAUUGAAGUCCUUGCUGGUGGUAGAAGCUUGAUGACUACUAGCAGGACUAGCUCACAAACUUCUAUUCAUCCCAAAAUGUGCAAGCACUUGUUAGUCAUUAUAAAGCUCUUUAGCUAGCUGGUUCACUAACUGUCACUUUGCUAGCUAACUUGGAAACUAACGCAACACAGUUAACUCAAGCUCACUGGUGGUUGAAGCUUGAUGACUACUAGCAGGAUUAGCUGGCAAACUUUUAUUCAUCCAAAAAUGUGCCAGCACUUGUUAGUCACUUAAGUUCUCUAAAUAGCUGGUUUUCUAACUGUCUCUUAGCUAAGCUGAGCUAUUUAGCUCAGUCGCUAACUAGGAUGCUAACACAAAACGGUUAACUCAAGAGACAUUUUUGCUCCAUUGUCUCCGCUCUUUCAUGGAACAGUGAGACUGUUCGAAUGUCCGUUCCUUCAGAAGGAAUUCACAUGUCAAAAUUCACCAAAGGUGAAGUCUACAUUAAAGAUUCAGACUGAUUUAUUUUGACCCUACAGGGAGUUUAGCUCAUCGCAGUGACUCAGCUGAAAUUGGUAGAAGUCAGUUGAAACUAGCUGUUUGAAUACCACUCUGACCUUACAGUCACUGUUUUUUCCUAUCUUCUAGCAAACUAUUGGUUUUACAUAUUAUUUGAAAACUAUGAAACUUGCAGAGCCUUUAAAACAUGUUGCUUGUAUCAUAUCCAUCACUAAUAUGUUUUGCUGCCAAAGCUAACUUAAAUAAAUGUGUGAUAAGUAGGCAAUCAAAAACUGUCAAGUACCAAAGGUCUUGUCAGAUUCCUAAUCAUUUUUAUUGUAAGGAUCUGGUUAUUUUUAAAAAUGUAGAUUUAUUUAUUUGACUGUAAAGGCACACACUACAGACAAACAGUGAUUUGAGGCGUGACAUAUUUUUCUUCUGUAACAAACUGUACAAAACAAGACUGAAAAGCAACUUGAAAGACAUUUUUUUUAAAUUAAUGGCUGUUUUAGCAACUAUGCUACAUUUUUUGUAAAUUGUGUUCUUCCUAUACAUUUUUGAGUUAAUGCCUGCUCACACUGAAGAGUGACACAGCAAAUUCUUCUGUACAUCUUCACAAAAUAUGAGUUGGUGCUAGAAGAAACAUGAAAACUAGCAGGGCUCAUUAGUGAACUAUUGUAGCUGGAAAGCUAACUGGUAACAUGGCAGUAGCCUGUUACAAUAGCUCACCAAGCCUAGCAAGCUUGGUAGCUAACAGAGAACAACACAAGUGUAUUCAAGAGACGUCUUAGGUCAGUCUUGGCCAGAUUUCUGCUUUAGUCUUUCGUCUUUACAUGGUUAAAUAAAGGUUAAUGAAAUAAUAUCCUCCAUUUUGGACUACUACAUGCAAAGCAAUGGUCAUUUGACCAAUAGAAACUGUCUUUCAGUCUUCAGGACAUUUUGGACUUUUAGUUACUUUUGUUGAAAGAAAAAAGUUCAUUAGCACUGCAUUGCAAACAUUUUAAAGGAUAAUUAGCUUUAUUUGGAAAACUGUUGUUUGUUGUUAAUGUAGUCAGCAAAACUCUUGACAUUUGAGAUAAGAAUCUGCUAAAUAUCAACCUUUGCAAUACAGGAAGCCAAUUAUCCAUUUAUCUUCCUGUUUGUCUUCUGGGCUUUGAAUUAAAUGCUGCUCAGAAGACAAAUCUUUAUGACAGAACAAACUUACUGUUCACUGUAAUGCAUUUGAUAUAUGAGCAGCAACAUUUAAAUUCUAUGCAAGUUCAAUUUCAUAGCAUAUUGAAAUGAACUGAAACCAAUGGCUGCCUGCAAGGUAGGAAACCAAUCUAAACAUUUAUGGUAUGGUAUUUUUGAUAAAGGUUGGCAGUAUAAAGUGUGCACCACUCAUUUUUAAAGGAUAGUGUAUUUCAUAAUUUUAAAGGCCAAAACUAUAAAAAGGAAGACCCACGUUGUAAUAAACUUUAUCCUUUAAUGUGUUAAAACGUGUAAAAAAAAAGUUGAUAUGGUCAUGUUUUAAAGUGGAAAACAUCUCAAUUGAAGAAUUCAGAUAGUAUGUCUUUUGUUUAGAGCAGUUAAAUAAGAAGUAUGCGAGUAAGAACAACUAAACUCUUUCCAAGCCUGUAACACUAUCAAGCUGUAAAAUGUGGAGCUGCUGCACCAACACAGAAUGGGAGCAGCUCAUUUUUGUACAGUACAUAAAUUCGUUUUAUUAGGUUUUAUUACCCAGAGAGUCCCUUUGGGUGCUUUCAGAGUCCUUUCUUAAAUACUUCUUCAUCCACUCAGCAGUGUCACUUAAACCUGUGUUCAUCUUUUACAUCUUCAUCUUCAUCGCAUCAGCCACCACAACCCAGGAGCUCAACACAUGAAUUCUUCAACUGUGGAUUUUUGUGUUCAGAGCAUAAAGACAACCUAAGUUACAUGUGAAAUGACAAUGUGUUGCUGUAUAAGCACUUUUGUAAAUAUACUAUGAAAGUUAGCUUUGUA